AUGUCAAUUCCAAAAGCCUCCUCACCAGCCAACUUUAACAUAAAUAAUGAUAACACUCGAGAAGAAACUACUCCAAGAAACACUUUAAGUAAUAUUUAUAACUACAACUACUCUCCGCCACCUUCUGAUGAACUAAGACAACAACAACAAGCAUUGCAAAUCAACAACACGCCAGAAUAUAUUAUUAGUAGCCCACAACUAUUCCUGUCGAUUAAACAUAUAAGUCCACCUGGUACAAAUUCACCAUCUUACUCACCCGUCUCAAAUUCAUCCUACUCUCCUUACUACUUCCAUCACUCAACUACAACAUCCACAUCACCAUUUCCCAUUCAGGAGAAGGAGAAAAUUUCAAGUUCACUAUAUAAAUCACAAGAAAGUACACUACUAGUUUAUCAUCACCAUGAUAUUAAUGACAGAUCAUCAUCAUUGGGAGCUUUCUCACCUAUAAAUAUGGGAGGAAUUGGUCCAUAA